AUGGAAGGCGACUUUGAAGCGGACUUUGCCGACAUCCGAGAGCUCCAAGUGUUCACGGACAAACUGGAGAAACUAGUUCAGGUCCUUCAGCGCAACGUAGAUAUCGGCCAGGAGAUCCAGUCAUUCAUCGCUCGCGCCCAGAGACACUCACCGUCCCGUCUGUCGCCGGUGUUCGAAGACACAGCUUCAAGUCUGCAGACCUCAAUUCUGCAGCACCGGGUUCAUAGCAGCAGGAUCCAAUCCUUGAUCAGCCGGGCAAAGGGAAGCGCGAUGCUUGUCCAAAACAUCCUGGACAUUCGAGCCACGGACACUGCCGCGAAAAUCAAUGUCAGAAUGCGUGAACUGGCGGAGAAGAACGCUCGCGAAACCAGGUCAAUGUCCGUUCUGUCGUUGAUCUCCGCCAUUUUUCUUCCGGCCAUAUUUCUUGCCACAAUUUUCGGAACCAACUUCUUCGACUAUGUCGAAGGCAACCUCCACAUCGCGUCGAACUUCUGGAUCUACAUCGUCAUGGCAGUCGAAAAUUGA